AUGAUGACAAAACAUUGGAAUCAUAAACAGGACCAAAGGCAUGUACACAACAUUGUGUUUUGGUCUUGUGCAUUUAUUUCAGAUUUAUUUGAUUACCACAAAACAGUGCAGACUGGUACGCUGCAGGUACAACAGCAGGUCAUGUGGGAGAACUGGUUGUCCUGGAGGAAACUCUCUGAGGGACACAGACAGGAGGCUGAGGAGCAGCUGAGGGAGGGAAGAUCAGCAGACUGGAGCAGACUGAAGAAGAAGAAGCAGAAGAAGACGGCGACUGUGGUCUCAGGCUUCAUGCUGAGGACGAUGGCGGAGCGUCAAGCAGCAUCAGAAGGAGACGUCAGCUUGCAGGACGUCCUGAGAGGACGGACAGAUGGAGCUCGGAGCAUGAAGACCAGAUCCAACGUGAUCCGAGUGUUCAUCAGCUCCACGUUCACAGACAUGAGCAGCGAGAGGAAAGCCCUGCUGGAGAAAGCUUACCCAGAAGUCCUUGCUUUCUGUCGCAGUCUGGGGUUUGUGUUUGAGGUUGUGGAUCUGCGCUGGGGGAUUCGAAACAUCUCAUCUGGAGACCAUGAGGCCUGUGAGAUCUUCCUGCAGGAGAUCAGGAACUGCAAGAAGGUUUCAGCCGGGCCAGCUUUCAUCGGUCUGCUGGGGAACCGGUACGGCCACCGAGGUCUUCCUCGCCUCAUCCCAGAGAAGCAGUUUGAAGCUCUUUUGUCCAAACUCUCCAAAAACCCCGAAGGCGUGAAGCAGCUGAGUCAAUGGUUUUUAAAAGACAACAAUGCUGUCCCACCCACCUAUGUUCUCCAGCCAAUCACGGCUCACUUCCCCUACUACAGCGACCUCCGACAUGAGAGUGUGCCACAGCGUGACAACGACCUCCUUUCGUGGCGUUUGACAGAGACUCAGCUGUUGCAACACCUACGCUCUGCCGCCGCGGACGCCGAGGCAGCCGGUGACAUCACAGCUGAGCAGAAACAAAAGUUCUACACAUCAGUUACAGAGCAAGAGUUCAUACAGGGUUUGUGGAAGGAUGACAGCGAACCUUCAGCUCUGCUCUUUGUCAGAGAGAUUCCUCGCCAGAGGGUGAGGGAGGGUCCCAAGCGUCUCGCCAAGUUCAUGGAUCUGACUGCCGACGGCCUGCUGGACGCAGAAGCUCAGGGACUCCUCACCAGCCUCAAGUCCCGUCUCUACACCACGUUGCAGAAGAUCCUCAACCUGCACUGUGUGGAGCUCAGCAAAGGAAGCAUUGACCCAAAGCGCAAAGAGCAUGCUCAGUACCUGGACAGCAUUUGCGAGCAGUUCAUCUCGCAGAUGAAGGCCAGGAUCGGAGUGAUGGCUGAGUCAUCUGUGGAGGGGGGGCGUAGGAAGAUUUGGGGAAGCACUGAAGAAGGAAAGCAGGAAAUCUCAGACUGGGUGAUUGAAGAGGUUGGACGGCAUGCCUCUAUGAGCACCGAGCUGUGCAAAGGUCUCUACGGUAGGGAGGGGCUUCUGGGUAAGCUUUGCUUGUCCAUGUGGGAGUCCACCAAUGUCCAUCACAGCCCGCUGGUGGUGCAUGGACCUGCUGGGAUGGGUAAGACGGCUCUGCUGUGCAAACUGGCCCAGGAGAUGCGUAACGUCCUGGAGGCUGGUGCGGUGGUGGUGAUCAGGCUGCUGUCUGAUCGUCAUCCUCAGAGACCCGACAUCGACCGUGUCCUCCGCAGCAUCUGCCUCCAGAUCUGUUUGGCUUGUGGUCUGGCUCCGCCUUCGCCGCUGACCGCCAACAGUCACCUGGAGCUGCUCAGGUUCUUCAAGAACAUCAUCACUGAGGUUUCCCACCAGGGGAACACUCUGCUCAUCAUCCUGGACGAUCUGGAUCAGCUCGCAGACCAACAUUGUGCCCACAAACUCCGCUGGCUGCCAGACAGCGUCCCACCCAACGUCCACCUGGUGGUUUCCAUGGAUACUAACAGUGAGGCGUUUGCUAAUAUGCGGUUGAAGUUCAAGACUUUGGGAAGUUUCUUUGAGGUGGAGCGCUUGUCUCGUGAUGAAGGAAAACAGAUCAUGGAGGCGUACCUACGGUCGUGUCAGAGGACGCUGACACCUGAGCAAAGCGACGCCGUGCUGCAGAGCUUCGAGACAACCGGCUGUCCGCUGCACCUCAAGUUGAUUCUGUCUGCCGCCAGACGCUGGACGUCCUUCACCCCACUCACAGACACACACCUGGGCAACAACUCACAGGCGGUGAUGUCACAGCUCUUCCUGAUGCUGGAGGAGAAACAUGGGAAGGAGCUGGUGGGCGGGGCCUUAGGAUACCUCACUCUGGCCAGGGAAGGUUUGCUGGAGGCCGAACUGCGUGACGUCCUGUCUCUGGAUGAUGAUGUCAUCUGUGAAGUGUACAGGUACUCCCUCCCACCGACCCCCUCUUUGAUCCGGCUGCCCUCCCUCCUCUGGGCUCGACUGAGACGGGACCUUGAAGAUCAACUGGAGGAGCGCUGGAUAGGCGGGGUCGCCGCCAUCGUCUUCAGAAACCGGCGCAUGUGGGAGGCGGUUUCGGCCCAGUAUCUGACAUCAGAGCGGCGUGGGCGGAGCCUCAGGAACCUGGCGGAGUACUUCCUGGGUCGGUGGUCGGGGAAAUUGAAGCCGACGGCUCUGCCGGGCCUCUCGCUGCUCCUCUCUGACAGGAAGGUUCCUCCCCAGCCGCUGUGGUUUUCUCCAGGAUUGGUUAACGUCAGGAAGCUGCAGGAGCUGCCCUAUCACCUGCUGCACGCUGGUCUGUGGGAGGAGCUGCGGCAGGAAGUGAUCAGCAGCGCUGAGUGGCUGUACUGUAAGAGCAGGGUGUGUGGGGUGGCCAGUCUGAUCCAGGACCUGGACCAGUGCUCCCAGUACAUGGACUGCACUGAGACCGGACUGAUCCGAGACACGUUGGCUCUGAUGAAACCCAGUCUGGAUUUCCUGGAUGGUCGCAUGGAUAUGUCUCUGUUUUACACGGAGCUCUUGGCCAGACUCUGCUCCUUGGCCACGCCUUUCCCCUCCCUGAUUGGUCGGCUGUGUAGCCAAUGCGAGGAGUGGUUACUGACGUGUCCGGAGCCAAUCCUCAUCCCUAAGUGCAGUUUCCUGCAGCAGCCAGGGGGGGCGCUACAACACACACUGACUGGACUGCAGGGAGGUGUUCUCUGCGUGGAUGUCGGUGUGGAGGCGGAGCUUCUGGUUGCAGGUUCAGAUGACGGCGUGGUGGCGGUUUGGAGCCUCGCUGACCAGCAGCUCAUACACUCACUGCUGGGACACACAGGUGCUAUUCUGUCCGUCAAACUGACUGACAGCUCCGCCCACUGCCUCUCACUGGCCGCUGACUGCUCUCUGAGGAGGUGGAGCCUAGAGAACGGCCAGCAGCUUCUCUGCAUCCAGGAGGUGGUUGUUGACCCCGCCCCAUCAUCAGUACACCUCCACCUGUCUGAACAGAACCGGCUGCUCUUUGUCUACUCCAGCACACAGGUGAAGGUGUGGAAGCUGGACGGUGUUGAGAUCUUCUGCAGCAGCAGUGACGAAGGCUCGGUGGUUCUGGGAGUCCUGGGAGAGUCUGUGGUUUCUCUGUCGUAUCCAGGUCUGCUCAGAAUCUCUCAUCCUGUUAGUGGGGCUCAAACUGUGGAGACUCAACUGGAAAGCUCACAGAGACGUUUGACUGUCAUUGGCUCUGUUACGUUACCAAAACGUGGGAAAGUGUUCAUGGUUUCUAAAGAAGGAUUCCUCUAUCAGAUUUCCAGUAAGGGGACACAUACAGCGGCUGAGUUCCCUCUGGUUCCAUCUUUACUAUCCGUUAGCGAAGAUGAAAAAAUCCUGAUGGCAGGUGGCGAUCGGACUCUGAGCCUCUUCAACAUCGACAGAGACUCUGUGGACAGGUUCCUCGACCUCAAGCACGACGACAGCGUUUUGUCCGCCCGCGUCUCAUCGGACGGCAGGCUGCUCGCCUCCGGAGCCGCCGACCAACUCAUACGAAUUUGGUCGGUGACCACCGGUGCUCUGCUCGACGCUCUGAGCUCGGACGCUCCCGCCACCUCUGUUCUUCUGUAUAGAGGCUUCGUGCUCUCAGCCUCGACGGCUGCCGGCUGCGUCCAUCUGUGGAGUCUGAAGUACGACAGCCGCCACAAACCCAUCGCCCACAUCCCUGCAGGCUGCGCCCACGUCGCCAUCAGUAAGGACACAGAACGUGUUUUCUACGUCCCACAGCAGAGCCAAAAGGAAGUGAUCAGCUGGAACAACCACACAGGUUGUCUGGCGGAGCGCCUGGAGGCCUCUGCUGAGGUUUGCUGUCUGGAGUUAGCUCAGCACAAACGGCUGCUGCUCUGUGGUCUGACCACCGGCACCGUCCUCAUCUACCCGCUCGCCCUGCCUCAGGAGACGCUCUGUAUCCCCCCUCCAGAGAGCUUCUCCAGGGUGCUCUGCCUGGCAGUCAGCACCCAGGAGAAGCACAUGGCUGUGGCCUACGAGGACUCUGUGGCCCUGUUUGAGAUCACCACCAGAGACAGCUUCCCCACGGUGGACGGACCCCUGGAGGGGUUCCCCCUGUCCCUCCUCCACGCCCCGCUGUCCUCCAUGGCCCUGCUGUCCGACCGCCGGCUGCUGUACGGGACGAGCUGCGGGGAGGUGAAGCUCUACGACUUGAGGAACGGCAGCAGCUUGGGUCUGGAGCCUCAUCGCAGCAGAGUGACGUGCGUGGUGGCCAGUAACUGGGGGACGCACGCUCUGGUGGGCUCCGAGGACGCCGUUCAGAGGCUGUGGGCCCUGAACCCGCUGGCCCUGGAUCACACCAUGGAGUACAAGGGUUUUGGCUUCGAGGGCGUCCUCUCUGCUGCUUUCUCUGACGGCGACCAGUUCGUCUUCACAGGAUCUCAGGACAGAACCGUCAAAGUCUGGGACGUGGCAACAGGAAACCUGCUGUUUGUCCAGUACGUGUACUCCCCCGUCGUCAGGAUGGUGACCUUCCGGAACGGUUUCGUGGCGUUGUCUCAGCAGGGCUCCGUCAUAAGAGAGGUGUUUCGCUGUCCGGACCACAUCAGUCCGGACUAUAACCCUCUGAGGAACGUCAAGGCUCAGUACCGGGUUACCUCCAGGGAGAAGAACCGGGACAGUCAGCAGAACUGCGUGUCCGACCUCCAGGACUUCAACCCAGCCCAGUUCAACCUGACCUUCAUGAGCAUGCUCAAAGCCAAGCCGUCCUCCACCUGUCUCAUACUGUAGGAGGUCAGGGGCCUCCAGGCUUCAAGGAGUUUCACUUUUCGGAAAUUUCGUUCAUUUGUUAACUACACAAAUUACACACACUGUAAAUAUACAGUGAACAUCCUUUAUCCUAUUUAUAAUAUGAAAAAUGUAUUAAAACGUCCUCAUAUUUCUACCAAAAUAUGGCUGAAUUCUUUCUUCCGCUUACUGAAUGUAAUGCUUACAGAAAGG